UUCCAACGGCAGGGCUGGGUGCUAGGUCCGGAGAAGCUGGGUAAUAUCGCACGCGCGGAGUAUCCGUACCUUUGAAGGAAAGAGAGUAAAAGAAUGGUGCCUUUCCCCCCUCCCAAUACCCGGAAUUUCGUGCCCGACGUUAGCCCAUAACAGGCAAGUAUCGGUGAUUAGCUCCAGCCCCCCGCAUUCUGUCCGAGAUGCCGAUCUGACGCAGUCCAUCCUCGUGGGCGUGGGAGUGCAGCCAAGCCAGGCUCUUUGCGACGAAAAACCUCGGACCUGCCCACUGCCAGUCGCAUGCCCGUGAGUUUUCCUACCUGUGCUUGACCCUGAGGCUCAUUGGAGUUUCGAAGGCCGGGGCGAGCGUGUUGCUUGCUUGUCGAGGAUCCUCUUGCUUCUGCCCAGUCCUGUCCUGUCCUGUCCUGUCUUGUCUUGUCUUGUCCUGUCCAGUCCACCUCGAUCAUUUUUACCGUUUUGUUUCUUUUGGCUUUGGUGUCAUUCCCUCGGCAAACCGCCCGCUCGGUUCCCAUUCUUCCUCAACCCCGACAAAGGGCACCAACGCCGACGACCGAUACCAACUUGACAUAGGUCCUGUCCUGCCUUGAGGUGCUCCUAACCGAACAACUUUCUGACAUCUCACCUCCCACCUACCUUCCAGGUUACCUACGCGCAUUUGUGCGGGCUCAACGCCGAGCAGUUAGUUGACAGGAUGGAUAUGGACAUGGACGUGGACACGGACAGAGACCGGGAAGCCGCAACGACGCCGCCUGGACCUGCGCCAUCCACGCCCACCGGUGGUGCCCUCGCUGCUGGCGGUGGUGGUGGCGGCGGGCACGGGAAGCUCACCGAGCCCAGACGGCGCAACCGUCCGGCCCUCUCGUGCAUCCAGUGCCGCACACGCAAGAUUCGCUGCGAUCGCAACGAGCCAUGCGCCAGCUGCCUCAAGUCCAAAAUAGUCAAUUGCACGUAUGAGGAGGCCCGGCGCCCAAAGCCCCGGCUCUGGAGGCUUUCCCCGGCACCAGCUGCGGCUCAGUCCGACAACUCCCCAACUGCCGAACAACGGCUGGCCGCCGACUCCGGUUACACUUACAAAGAAGUGUCACUAGCCCCUGCGCCUGUUCCUGGACCUGUCGCUACCAGUGCCGCCACCGCCAACACCACCACAGCCGUUGCCGCAGGUACCGCUACCACAUCAUCCAGUGCCUCUACCACCAGCACCAGCACCAGCACCAGCACCAGCACCAGCACCAGCACCAGCACGACCACAGCAACAAUCGCUGCCCUCAGCCCUCCCUCCCACCCAAUAUCAUACCGAGACCCAGGACCAAGGAGCAGCUCAGCAACAACCACCACCUCCACCACUACCAUCCUAACAGCCCGGACGGCAGAGCCCGUGUCUGCCCCAACCCCGGCCAUUCGGCACCUUGAACUGACCCCCAGCCACUCGGCAUCAGGAUUCGGAAACAGCACGGCUGCACUUGCCGAGAGGGUCCAACAACUUGAGCAACAACUCGCCGAGGCCCUCAGGAAUCCAGAUCGCCCUCACCACACUUCUCAAAAUGCACACGUACCUCUGCAUUGUCCGCAGGGUUCUGGUUCCAAGACCUGCUUAGCAAAUGGGGAUAAGUUUUUCCCCCUGAUCAUCAAUCUUGCCAAGAGGAUUGAAUCGGACAGAGACUCAGACAUCUACUUUCUCUUAAAGAAGUGCAAAGAUCUCUGUAGGGUGAUUAAAUCUCAAAAGGUCCCUCCUCAUGUUGGCUUCCAGCUCGGCAGCGACGUUCCACAUGAGAGCGUAGCCCGUCGGUUGGUGGAGGCGUAUUUCCGAACCUUUGAAAGCGUCUACCGAAUCCUGCACCAGCCAAGCUUCUGGCGAGAGUACAACCGCUUCUGGGAGAACCGCACGGCGGCAAGCCCGGCCUUCAUUGCUCAGUUUCAGUUGUGUAUGGCCAUUGGCACGUGCUUCCAGGAUGAUGUGGCUGCUCUCCGACCGUCUGCUGCCCAGUGGAUAUACGAGGCCCAGGCCUGGCUCGCCUCGCCCUGUGAGAAGGCCAGGUUGAACAUAUCGGGCCUUCAGACCAUGUGUCUGUUGCACAUUGCCAGAGAGACAUGCGGUGUCGAGUGUGACCUGACCUGGAUCAGCGCCGGGCCUCUGUUGCGGACGGCAAUGUACAUGGGACUCCACCGUGACCCGGAUAGCUUGCCUGCCAUGUCGGUGUUUCGGGCAGAGAUGAGGAGACGGCUGUGGGCGACCGUGUUAGAAAUGACGCUGCAGUCGAGCUUGGACUCUGGUGGUCCGCCCCUGAUAUCGGUGUCUGAUUAUGAUACUCGGCCGCCAAGUAAUUACGACGACGACCAGCUGUGCGAGGGCGAUAAACCUCCUCCAAACCCCAGAUCUCCGGGGACCUUUACACAAACUUCAGUCCAGCUCGCUCUCCUACGGUCGUUUCCGACUAGACUGGCGAUUGCGCAGUAUGUUAACCACUUCAAAGCGCCAGCCACGUACGAGGAGACUCUGAAAUGGAACACGGAACUCACCGCCGCCUGUCGAGCACUAUCGGCCACACUCCAGCAGUCGUACGAUCCUGCUGGCAUCCUCCCGAGGCGUCUGUCUUUGUUUCAGCUUCGACUGGCCGAGCAUAUGGUGCAUCGUUUCUUUCUGGCUCUGAAUCACCCAUGGCUGUGGUCGGCGCAGCAUAAUCCAGCCUACUACUUUGCACGCAAGAUGUGUGUAGAGACAUCGCUGAAACUGUAUCGGGCCUUUGCUACCGGGUCACCGGCUGGGGACUCGGGGACCGCCCGGGAAACUGAUGACUUUACGAGGUUGUCCACCUGCGGGUAUGGGGCAUUCCGGUCAGUCCCCACGCUCGCUGUUCUGACCAUUUGUUUGGAGCUGUUGUGGCAGGUGCAGGAGGACCGAUCAUUCCGCCAGAGUAUGAAUCUCGACCAUGUGCUUGAAAGGCCGGGUUCCGAGGCGGAUUUGGGCACAACGGGUCCCCUUAGCAUUGGGAGUGGCGCUGCCCCGCGCCAGGACCUGCUCGACGCUGUCAAGUACUCCAUCGGGUGGACAGUGCGCCGUAUCCGAAUGGGAGAGACAAAUAUCAAGGGAUAUCUCAUGUACUCUGCUCUCUGGAGUCAGGUCCAGGCUCUCCAGAAUGGCGCUUCUGAUGCUGAGGCGGAGGAGCAGGUGCUGGCUUCCAUCGCAGAUGAGCUGGGCCAGUGCUGGCACCUGCUGCAGGAGGCUGCUGGCGGAAAGCUACCUCUUUCCAUGAUCGGGGCUGCAUUGAAUGGUGGAUACGGACCCGGGAGAAGCCCAUUCGAAGACUCCAAGAUGGAUUACAGCUACGGGUGGGAUAGCGAAGGCUCGCUCUGUGAUCAAGGCUUCGACUCCAUCUUCAACUUUCAUAACGCCGACUUUUUUAUAGGGACGUGA